AAUCGGAAUAGGCGAAGAGGUGCUGGUAUACUAGCAGCCUCUGUGUAAGCAGAAGUAACGGUACACCGAACAUCUGCUUGCCCUGUUUCUCCGAGCUACGGUACUUUACCGGGCUAUUCCACACGGUGCACGUGUUGCUGCCGGACACUAGAUAUCGGUGAAGUUCUGCAUUUUCGCGGAACUCCGGUCAUCUCCGACACAUUCAGUCAGCCAGAGGCCAGACACUCACCAUGUGGCGGUUCGUCCUUGCUGCGGCUGGUGCCGCCAAGUCCGAUGCUCAGGCUGCCGUGGGCAUGGUCCGUGGCUUCGCCUCGGCGGCCCACAACCCGGCCGUGUUCGUGGACAAAACCACUAAGGUUAUUUGCCAGGGUCUGACCGGCAAGACCGGCACUUUCCACACCGAGCAGGCCAUCGCCUACGGCACCCAGAUGGUCGGCGGUGUCGUGCCCAAGAAGGGCGGCUCCACCCACCUGGGCAUGCCCGUCUUCAACUCGGUGCGGGAGGCCAAGGAGGCCACCGGCUGCCACGCCACCGUCAUCUACGUGCCGCCCCCCUUCGCCGCCAAGGCCAUCCUGGAGGCUGUGGAGGCCGAGCUGGAGCUGGUGGUGUGCAUCACGGAGGGCAUCCCCCAGCACGACAUGGUCAAGGUGAAGAAGGCCAUGCAGGAGCAGACCAAGACCCGCCUCAUAGGCCCCAACUGCCCCGGCAUCAUCAAGCCCGGCGAGUGCAAGAUCGGCAUCAUGCCCGGCUACAUCCACAAGCCCGGCAAGAUCGGCAUUGUCAGCCGCUCCGGCACCCUCACCUACGAGGCCGUGUUCCAGACCUCCAGCCAGGGCCUGGGCCAGUCCACCGUGGUGGGCAUUGGCGGCGACCCCUUCAACGGCACCAACUUCGUGGACUGCCUGGAGCGCUUCGUGAAGGACCCCCAGACCGAGGGUAUCAUCAUGAUCGGUGAGAUCGGUGGCACCGCUGAGGAGGAGGCCGCCGAGUUCAUCAAGGCCUCGGGCACCCAGAAGCCCGUCGUGUCCUUCAUUGCCGGUCUGACGGCUCCCCCCGGCCGCCGCAUGGGCCACGCCGGUGCCAUCAUCUCGGGCGGCAAGGGCACGGCCACGGACAAGAUCGCGGCCCUGGAGUCCGCGGGCGUGACCGUGACCAAGUCCCCUGCCCAGAUGGGUGUGACCAUGAUGCGCGUGAUGAAGGAGCGCGGCCUCGCCUAAAGGGGCGGGCGCAUUCGCGUGCGUGCAUGAAAGCAGCGGGGAAUGGGGGCACCAGCUUCAUUCGGAUGUGGUCUGUGUUCGGUGUUCGGUUGUUCGGUGGUCGGGAAUAACUCGUGGUGACUGUUUUGUCGGAUGAAUGUGCCGCAGGUUUUGAGGACGGAACGUAUGCGGAAGAGGGUUAAGCGGUAGUGGGCUUCGGCUUUACCUGUGUGGCUCAUCACUGUGAGGUGAAGCAUUUAGGUGUGCUACUGCUCCCACUGGUCCCACUUCUGCAACGCUUUCAAGCCAUGAACCUGUCGGCUGUGGCUGCUUAUGCUUCGAAUAAUUAUUAAUAGUAAAAAUACCUUCACUGGUAAUGCUCGUGCUUACGGACACUUCUCGCUACGCGUGCGGGUUUGGGUCGGAUUGGGUUUACCACCCUGGUGUUGCAAACAUUCUGUAACCCACGUCGUGACCA